UGCCCCUGAAGAGCUCGACUCAAAAAUGAACAUGUGAUUUCUAUCAACAAUACCGAAAACCAAAUAUUUUGCAGCUUUCAGAUAAAACGUCGACACUGUUUGAUAGAUUUCAGGGCUAUUUUUCUAUUUAAUUGGUUCGCCAGUUUAUUUACAAAAUUUUGUUGUGCACUCAUCCUGCGUAAUUUUUAUUCAUAAAAUCCAAACAUGAUUGGGAUGAGGUUACUGCGGCAUGCUCUCAGAACUGAGGCAAGAAAUCAUUUGAAGGUAGUGAGACACUUUUCCAAAGAUUCCGAUGCGAUGAACAGUGGAGUUGAGAGGGACCCUAGUCAGACAUUUAUUUCUCCAGAAGUCCAGAGUUUGCUGAAAGAAUUAACGGCUGUAAAUUUGGGCAAGGUCUUUGAGAUUAAAAGAUACCAGGAGAAACUUGGCACUCCAAAAUACAAAUUCAUGACAGACGAGGAAGUGGAAAUUGCGCGUAAUAAAGCAGUGCAGCAAAGUGCCGAGAAACUGCAGAUGCCUCCAGUGUUGCUGGCAAGAAAAGAAAAUCCUGAAGUGCUCGCUAGGGAUCCGAUUUUAAAGGGCUACGAUCCUGACAACUCGACCUACGUUUUCACAGACAUCACAUUCGGAAAAUCAGAUCAUGACCGACUGAUUGUGAAAAGAGAACCGGACGGCACUUUGAGCAAAGUGACUUGGGAGGAGCGAGAUAAUAUCAAUCAGGUCUAUUUCCCGUUCCCAGGGAGGAAAUGGACGCUGCCCAAGAUGUUUGAGCCUGAAUAUUUUGAUGAUCUUAUGAAAAGAGAAGAGUACGUAUUCAUCCUGGACAGGGCCUGCGUCCAAUUCGAGCCAAACCACCCAAAAUAUAUCGAGAUCACUCAGAAAACGUAUGAAACAAUCAACGAGAAGAAGUCCUUUGAUAAACUGCGAUCGACCAGACAUUUUGGACCGUUGGCGUUCCACCUUGCUUGGAACAAGCAGAUCGAUAAUCUGGUUUUAGAGUGUUUGCAGAAGGAAAGAAUUGACGAUGCUGUUCGCGCUAUUCAAUUGCUCCACAUCAUUCAUCAGGACUCGAAGUCGAUAAAUGUCCAGUUUGAUGGCAACAACCACAUGGAAUUCAUCAAGAACUACACAAACACAGACAGCCUGAAGCAGGGAGCUUUGAGUCUCGCGAUUGAAACUUUUGAACAGACAGCCCUUCAGAGACAAGAACUGCUGUCAGUCCACAACAGCUAAAAGUGUGUACAGUUAAAAUCAAAAGUUUGUCUAAAAUAAUAACUAUUAAAAUUUGUGCGUUACACAGA